AUGCCCCCAGCAGACGAACUGCAAGCCUCGCAGGAUGUCCGUCCCGCCAAGCGACGCAAGCGGGCCUCCACCCCCGGCACCAGUCGCCCAUCGCCCCGCGAACUGGGCAUCAUGCGCAAGGAUGAUGCCUCCGCCAGCUUCCUGGGCAGCUCCAGCGGAAUCCACUUUGUCCGCACCGUCUACCAAGCCUUUGCUCGGCGGUCGGCGGACCUGCGACAGGCCCGAGCCGGUCACGAAAGUCUGGUGCCCGGAGAAGACGAUCAUCUCCGCCCUGGCCAAGCACGGGCUCACGCUCCCUUGUGGAGGCCGGAGGAGGUCAACUUCACCAAUCCAUCGCUUCGGUUUGAGGAGCUGGUGAAGCUGUCGGACAAUUACUUUCAGAAUUGGCAUCCGGUCUACCCAUUCAAUCAUGCUCCGUCCAUCCUUCGCACAAUGGAGCGGAUGAGUCAAGUCGGUAUCCAGUUCAUCCCCCAAUCCGAUGCGGCCAUCAUCCGAUCGAUUUUCUCUAUUUCCGCCAUCGAUGCCCGGCAGGGGCAGUCUGCUUCGGCAAUAUCAGCCGUACCGGCCGAGCUGGUGUUUCAGACAGUCCACGAAGCGACGAAUGGUCUACGGGACUUGCUGGACGAACCUUCCUCGAUCGCAUCGCUGCAGGCGGCCUUUGGCAUUCAGCUGUUCCUGACAUCCAUUCUGCAUUUGAAUGCAGCCUCCCGGAUUGGAGGUUUCGUCACCCGGACGGCCUUUCACUUGGGAUUACACCGCUGUCCGGCGCGGUAUUCAUGCUUUACACCGGACGAUGUGGCUAUCCGCCGCCGGCUCUUUUGGUCCAUCUAUUGUCUCGAACGAUACCUAACCCAGGCGCUGGGGGUGCCGCUCAGCAUCCGGGAUGACGAUAUUGACGUUUGCUAUCCAGGGGCGGAAAGACACCGAACAGAGAGAGACGACAGCGUGUCCUGUGCGGAUAGCCGCCUUCGACUCCUCGAUCACUUGGCCAAGUUUGCUCGGUUGCGCGGACUAAUUUCUGAACUGCGCAACAAGUCAAUCAUGCAUAGUCGUGAAAACACGACUGAUGCGACCGAGGUGAACAGUAAAUUGCUGCAGUGGUGGAAUGAGGUCUAUGACGACGUCCACCCGCUUGAACCCGACCCCGAUUCGCCUCUGAAGCCUUUGCACAGGCUUCUACUGACUGUAUCCCGACAUGAGGCAAUCAUUGCGUUGCACCGCCCGGUCCUGGCGACAGAUAACCCUACGCCGGAGUACAAGGCAGCCUUCCAGACGUGUAUUAACUCCUCCAGGUCUUUGUUAGCCGCACUGCAUGGCUAUCUCAAUGCCCGGUCUGAGGUGCAAGGCGAUUCAGACAGACAAGGCGCACCUCUGAUCUCGCCCUCCUUCACUUGGAUUGUAUGGAUGUCGUCUUUGAUCUUGAUCUACGCAGCGUGGACCGGGCACUUUCCCAACCAAGGAGCUCUGCGAUACGCCCGCAUUGGAAUCUCGGUACUUCGCAAUAUCGCAUUACGAGAACGCGACUGGCCACAGACGUGCAUCGAAGCCAUCCAGGAUCUGUGCUUGGCCUUGGAGAAGAAUGCGCAGGAGGGCUGGUCGGAGUCUGGUCGAGUGGAUUCGCCCAUACGCGGUCACACAGGCCAGGGGCAUAUUGCGACACCAACCCCAUCCAUGGGCCAGUGGUCUCAGCGAAGGGAUCCCAGUAUCCACGAACGUCACGCCUUGCCGAUGUCGGAUGAGUACGGAGUGGACACUCGACAGCCGGUCUCCCUUCCGAGGCCAAACCAGGUUGCAGACUCCGCGCCAGAUUAUUUCACUGAUUUGGCAAUUCCUGCCUUCGACUCCGUCGUGGACCCCAGCCUCAACCCCGCGAGUAUGGUGUUUGGGGACCAGGCGGGGAGCAGCUUUUCCUAUGGCAUAGGCGAAGGCAUUCCGAGCUCGAACGCAUUCAACGACGGCUGGAGUGUGGCCGAUGGACCAUGGCUGAUCCACGGCGACUUUUUUGUUGGGUGAAAUCGCGC